GGGCUCGGCCAUGAAGGACUGUCCGUACUGCGGGAAGACCUUCCGCACGUCGCACCACCUGAAGGUGCACCUGAGGAUACACACAGGUGAGAAGCCCUACAAGUGUCCGCACUGCGACUACGCCGGCACCCAGUCCGCGUCCUUGAAGUACCACUUGGAGCGGCAUCACCGGGAGCGGCAGAACGGGGCGGGGCCCUUGUCCGGCCAGUCCACCAGCCAAGACCCCCGGGACGAGCCGUCGGGCAAAGCCGCGCUGUUCCUCAGGCCCGACAUCCUGAGGGGCGCCUUCAAGGUCGGAAGAGCCUACCAGAGCCUGGCGGGCAACGGCGUGAGCUUCCAGGGGUCCCUGCAGGCGUUCAUGGACAGCUUCGUCCUCAGCUCCCUGAGGAGGGAGAAGGGCGCGAAGGACAAGGCCCCGCCGGACCCUCCCUCCGCCAAAGUCCACGGGGCGGACAGUGAGGACAGAGGCGGCGGGAAGGCGCCCCCCAGGAAGUCGGAGAAGUCCCAGUGA